AUGGCCAACUCUCCUCAUGGCGGGGUCCUGAAGGACCUGCUUGCGCGAGACCUUCCUCGUCACAACGAGCUGGCGGCAGAAGCAGAGACGCUCCGGGCACUUCUCCUGUCCGAGCGCCAGCUUUGCGAUCUCGAAUUGCUUCUCAAUGGCGGCUUCUCGCCCCUUGAAGGUUUCAUGAACGAGAAGGACUAUAACGGAGUCGUCAAAGACAACCGCCUCGCCGAUGGCGCCCUCUUCAGCAUACCAAUUACGCUCGACGUGUCGCAGGAAACUAUCGAUAGCCUGGAGUUGAAGGCUGGAGCCCGAAUUACCCUGCGCGAUUUCCGCGACGACAGGAACCUGGCUAUCCUCACCAUUGACGACAUCUACAAGCCCGACAAGGCGCUCGAAGCUAAGGAGGUCUUUGGAGGCGACGAAGAGCACCCGGCUGUCAAGUACCUCUUUGAGACGGUCAAGGACUUCUACGUCGGUGGAAGGCUGGAUGUCGUUCAGAAGUUGCAGCAUUAUGACUUCUUGGACCUGCGAUAUACCCCGGCGGAGCUCCGCACCCACUUCGACAAACUCGGCUGGUCGCGAGUUGUUGCCUUCCAGACCCGGAAUCCCAUGCACCGAGCCCACCGAGAGCUGACGGUUCGGGCUGCCCGCUCGCACUACGCCAAUGUCCUGAUCCACCCGGUUGUGGGCUUGACAAAGCCUGGCGACAUCGACCAUUUCACCCGCGUUCGAGUGUACAAGGCUCUCCUACCGAGAUACCCCAAUGGAAUGGCGGUUCUCGGCCUCCUUCCCCUAGCAAUGCGAAUGGGAGGCCCGCGUGAGGCUAUCUGGCAUGCCAUCAUUCGAAAGAACCACGGAGCGACACACUUCAUUGUCGGUCGCGAUCAUGCAGGUCCUGGCAAGAACAGCAAGGGUGUUGACUUUUACGGCCCAUACGACGCGCAGUACGCGGUAGAGAAGUACCGCGACGAGCUCGGCAUCGAAGUGGUUCCAUUCCAGAUGAUGACAUACCUGCCCGACAGCGACGAGUAUGCGCCCGUCGACGAGAUCGCGAAGGGCGCCCGGACACUGAACAUCUCUGGAACCGAGUUGCGGGCAAGACUGCGCAGCGGCCGCGAGAUCCCCGAGUGGUUCUCGUACCCCGAGGUCGUUAAGGUGUUGAGAGAGUCGCACCCUCCGAGGUCGCAGCAGGGAUUCACCGUCUUCCUCACAGGAUAUCAGAACAGCGGAAAGGACCAGGUUGCGAGGGCCUUGCAGGUGACACUCAACCAGCAGGGCGGCCGAUCCGUGUCCAUGUUCUUGGGCGAGACUGUUCGCAGCGAGCUCUCCUCCGAGUUGGGUUUCAGCCGCGAGGACCGCGACAAGAACAUUGCUCGCAUCGCCUUUGUUGCUUCCGAGCUAACAAGGUCUGGUGCGGCCGUGAUUGCGGCGCCCAUUGCCCCCUUUGAGCAAGCAAGGCAGAACGCCCGCGAGCUGGUCGAGAAGUACGGCGACUUCUACCUGAUCCACGUGGCGACGCCGCUGGAAUACUGCGAGAAGACGGAUAAGAGGGGCAUUUACAAAAAGGCUCGUGCGGGCGAGAUCAAGGGCUUUACCGGCGUCGAUGAUCCGUAUGAAGCCCCGGCUAAGCCGAAUCUGGUCGUCGAUUUCGAGAAGCAGUCGGUGCGCUCCAUUGUCCACCAGAUUGUCCUUCUCCUCGAGAGCCAGGGUCUUCUGGACCGGUUCUAA